ACAAUCCUUGGCAUGUUUGGGUCCUAAAUAGGGCAGUCAUUGUGGCGCACAGUCACACAAGGACUCCUCUUUACCCCACAAGUCCAUAUUCUGUGAGUGUGUGUGUGUGUGUGUGUUAGUCCUGCAGGCUCAGGGGCACCUCGGCAGGACCUGAUCCUCCACACUCGUCAAGUUUGGACAGGUAACCGUAAACCACCUAUAAGGUCCACGCCCUCCGUCGCGCCGUUGCGCACAGGAGGAAGAUCCUCAUUUCUGUCAGGAGAAGAUGCGGCUCCGUGAGACGCGCGCGUUGCUGGGACUUUUGGUUUGGACAGUGUUCGGGUCCUCAGAGUGCCUGCAGACGGUGGUCCGGUCCGGCAAUGGCUCGUCGGUGACGGUGUCCACCGAGCUGCCUCUGGAUCAGUGUGCCGUGUGCACGGUCAGCGGAGUGAAUGACACAGAGACUUCCUGCCACCCCUCUUUCACUCUGGUACCCGAGGAGGAGGUCAAGCUGCUGUUCAACUGCUCGCAGCCGAUAGAGCAGUCUUACACUGUCACGGUAACCCGGGCCAUCGAAUGUACUAAAGACGCCUGCAGCCCAGCGACGGUAGAAACUCAACCCAUCCUCACAGAGUUCAGCAGAAUCUUCAUCUGGGAGCUGAAGGCCCCCGAGAAGACGGUGGUGAGUCUGAACAUCCUCGGGGAUGGACUGAAGGAGACGUCCCAACCGUGCACUGAUGGAUUUCAGUACUUGGUGGCCACGUCCAAAACAGACAGCAAGAGUCAGACUCAGUACUGUCGAGGCGGAUCGGUGACUCGUCUGGAUCUGCCCAGUGAAGCCGUCGUGUCUCUGACAGUUCAACCAAAGGCUCAGGUGGAAUCUGUGUUUCAGGCGUCUGCUGGACCGUUAAAGGGCCGAACGAUGGUCGUGAGCGUCGAUCCCAGCACCACUGCCGUCGUCAGCCGGGAUCCGGGCGAACCGGAGUGUGAAGUUUGCACCGUUGAUGGUUCUGCUCCGAACUGCAGCCCGACAGAGAAGACGCUGACCAACGUGGACAAACUCUCGCUGGAGUUCAGCUGCCCCAAACCCCAGGAAAUGUACAGUGUGAAGAUGGAGAAGAAGAUAGAAUGCACACAGACGUCCUGCGCUCCUGCGGCAGGAGACGUGGAUCCCAGCCUCUUCGUGGAUUUCAAAAGAUCCAUAACGUGGGACAUCAAAGUCCCAGAGAGAACCGUGAUAUCUUUGGAUUUCACCGGUGCUGGACUGAAGGCGAUUUCCGGAGCAGAAAGCUGUAAAGAUGGCUACCAGUACUCUGUGAGUACAACCAAAGGUGACGGAAGCAUCAAAGAUCAAAGCUUCUGCAGGGGCGGGACGGUGUCUCACCUGGAUCUGCUCGGAGCCACGACGGUGACGGUCGAGGUGCCCAAAGAAGGAGAAGUGGAGCAGAAGGUUUUCAGUGUUAAAGCAACACCAAGAGGCAGCAGAAUAAUGUCCGUGACCCCUGACCCCAAAACCAUCAUCCUCAUCACCAGGGUGUCAGACGAGCCCGACUGCAGCGUGUGUGUGGACAAGGCUCCUGAGCAGAAAUGCAACCCGAGGCAUCUGAGAAUCGUAGACCCUCGCAACACGUCCGUGGAGUUUACCUGUCCUCGCCCUCAGGAUGUGUUCAGGGUGGAGAUCAACAGAGAAAUUGACUGCACAGAGACGUCCUGCUCCGGUGACAUCGUCCAGGCCGAGUCGUCGCUGUUCCCCGACUUCAACCGCACCUUCACCUGGGACAUGAAAGUCGUCGCCACUCGGGCUUUUCAACUGGACUUCCCGGAGACGGGAAUGCGACAGAUUCCCAACAAGGAGGCGUGUCCGGACGGUCACACGUACACUCUUAUCACGUACCUGCGUGGGGUGACAACCGUUGGGACCUUUUGCAAAGGGGGAACUGUGACCACCAUCCUGGCUCGCUACAAGGGCCGAGUGUCUCUGGAGGUGGCCGGGGACACGAAGCUCGACCCUGUUGACUUCAAACUCAGAGUUGGACCAGAGACCAACAUGACUGCCAUAAUGAAGGUCAAUCUACCACGAGGUGUAUCAGACACAGACUUCAUGGCAGCCAACUAUCCCGCUAAUUUCCCCGAUGACCAGCAGAUGCAGUGGAACUUCACGGUGCCCGGCAUGCACAACUACACCGUGCAUUUUCGGAACCACACGGCACCGGAGUGUCUCAGCAAAAAAGUGGAGGUGGAGUACAAGAAAGAGGACAAGAAGGGGAAGACGCUGACUCUGACGGACGCUCAGCCGGCGCAUCAGCAGGGCAACUUCAACAUGGUGCUGAAGAACUGUCAAACCAACCAGACGCUGCAAGGACUCACCCUGAACUACACAGUUUCUGUGAUGAGGAGUGGUCAUCCAGUUCUGUGCACCGUGGAUCUGACCAGUCGACGAGUGUCCCUGCAGAUAGAGAAAGUUGGUUCUGAUCCGUACUGUGAGAUGAGCAUCGGCUCCAAGGUUGAAAAGAAGAUAAACGUGGCUGCAGGCACAAAGGCCAGUCUGUCCUUCCUCGACUGUCCCAAUGAAGAAGUGCGCCUGACUGCCAGUGAAGUCAUCGGCUGCGAGAAUGUGUCGUCGUGCUCUUCGAUUCGCCUCGGUUUGCCCAAACUGGUUUCCUGUCUACCGAUGCCCCUCCACAGCUUCACCUGGCACAUCGACGUCCCUCAGGACGGCACAGUGAACCUGGUGUCGCCCAAGGGGGGCUUCCAGCAGUCCCUGCCGGCCCAGAGGUGUAAUGGGCAAGUCUUAUUUAACGUGGCAGAGAGGGACGGGUAUUCGCUCGGAGAUUUCUGCUUUACUGGAAUCAUCCAGAAAAUCCAGGCGAACGCCAACGUCUCCAUCACGGCUACGGCCAAAGACUUCAGCAUGUUCAGGGGGCCUUUUCCGAACGUCAGCUUCAGUCAGGAGAUCCCAGAGACCUUUAUUUACAGAAUCAGCCCUAAGCCGAACACUCCCACCCUGCUGGCCACCCCCAACUGGCCCCAGGGUAUGAAGCCGUCCUCCACCAUGUCCUGGAUCGUCACCCUGCCGAGCCAGUACCAGGCGCACUUGCAGUUUGUCAACGUCAGCCAGCCCAAGUGCCUCGACCGGCACACCGCCAUGACGGUGAAGAUGCUGGGCUACGAGGAGGAGAUCAUGAGCCGCAGGGAGGACGAGCAGGCGGAGGACAAGCUGCUGGUGCCGCAGAGUUUCUAUCUCAACAUGUCCAACUGCAUACCGGAGGAGGGACACUUUGCUGCAGUCACCAAAAUCGUCCUGCAGAAGAAGACCAAUCUGCUGGCCAUCCUCCUCGGGAUAGCAGGAGCCCUUUUGCUUGUGCUGAUAGUGCUGGCUGUGGUCUGUGUCGUCACAAAGAAAAAGAAACAACAAAGAAUGAACAAAGAAUCCUCCAUCUACAUCGCCAAGGGGAAUGUCUUCCGCCCGGGUGACCGUCAUUUCACCAAAAACCGCUCUGACAACGAGUCCCACGUCUACGCCUCCAUCGACGAGUCGAUGAUUUACGGACAUCUCCUGGGCGACACCAGCUACGCCGACAGCAUGCAGGACCACUUCAACGGGAUGCCGGUGGACUCCUAUCAGACCUUUACGGGCCCCAGUGAUGGACAGCUGCCGGUAAUCAAUGAACCGGAUCCCGAGCCCCAGAUGGACCAGUACAAGACGUUCCUGGACCCCUCCGAGUCUUUCAUCCCGUCCCGUCCGCGCACCCCCAUCACCCGGGAGGACAGCCUCGGCUUCCAGGACCGCAGGAUGGUGGACAACGAGCUGUACACGUUCAAGAGCACCGGGGACAUGAACACCAUCCGGCUCUCUGCUGUUGACCUGGAGCCGGAGCCGUCGAUACUUGAGGAUUCCUUGUAGUGGGUCACAACUGGCGCUGGGUGAUGGACGGCUGUUACUCCGUACCUCUGGCCUGUGCUGAUGUGAAUGUCCAUGUCUCCAUCACACACAGUGGACCCGAGCUCGAUUUACGUUUUUAAUGUGACGCUCGUCGUCUUCGUCGGUUAAUUUCUUAAGCUUCAGGAGCAGAAGCUGUGAUCGUCUUCUUUGAAGAACAACAUUUUGGGAGAUACUUUUGCUUUCCUGCAGAGUUCGGCAAGAGCACGGAUUCCAACCUCAUGUCUGUGAAGUAAAUAUGACUAGUACUAGCUUAGCUUAGCUUAGCAUAAAGGCUGGAAACAGGACAACAGCUUGACUGGUUCUACUUGAACUCACUCACCCACCAGCACCUUUUUAUAUCUCGUUUACUUUUACUCCGUGCAGCGACUUGUUCAUCAUGAGGGUAAUAUCGAUGUUCUCCGAAUUUUCAGCAGGAAAGCGAAACACUUAUAUUUCGCAAAAUGUCAAACUGUUCCUUUUAAAGUUUGAUUUGUUUAGUUUUAUUAAAUCUCUGACUGUAGCUGUGUCUCCAGUCGGGGGCCGCAUCCUUCGGAGGCUGCACUUGAAGGCGGAUUGCGUCCAAGCAGUGUGACGAGGCUGUCCCAUUGCAGAGGCUCCUCCCAAUGCAGCCUUCCAUCCCUGAGAAGCAAAGCCUCCAGUGGGUGAAUCCUUCGCAGGACUCAUUGUCGCUUCAUUUUUUUCAAAGCAGACCUUUCAUUUUGGUUCGGCCCACCAAGGAGGAGGAUGCAGCCCCUGAAUUGAUACACAGCCCAUGUGACGUGGACUCAGGAGCAGGAAUGUGUUUCUAAAUGUGUUUUUUUAUAAUGUUUGAUAGUCUCUUUUAAAUAUUUUUGUCUUUACUUGUAAAUACUGCUGUUUCUUUUGCAAUAAAUUCUUGCUAAAUAGCU